ACAGGACCUGCAAGCGUCUACCGGCCGUUGGGAUUCAGAUAGUGAAGCCAAGAAUGUCGUUCGAUGACGAUAACCUCGAGCCCUCCCUCCGAUCUCCAGGGCCUUUGGAAAUGAGCGGAGGAGACAUCGAUACUCUGCAGGGCAUUUAUCUCGACGGUGCCAGUGCCACCGGACUGGCGUCUUAUGCAAACCACGCUCUUCAUUUUACCGACAAGCAAGGACAGGGGGAGAAGUGCGAGGGGUGGGGGAGCAGCGCACAUGGCCUACUGGAAGCGUCCACGUCCUGCGCAGACAAUUCGGGUUGGAGGAAUAUUCGAGGAGACACACUUCAGCACGAAUCCCACGCGGAAUCUUCCUCUCUUCCGUGGUAUCAGUACGGCUCUCUGCCCUAUGAGGAAUCUAAAGAAAUGGGAUUCGACAGCGCAGGAGCAAGCAACGUCAUGGAAAACUACGGUGACCAUGGCGGAGAUAUCGAUGAAAGUUAUGAAGAGAGAGCCGGAGGUUACACUGAGUGUGAUCUGCAGGAACCCUUUUCUUCACUGACAGUUGCAGAUGAAGGUGCACACGGCCACUACAGUGCCUCAGGAAUGCAUUUCGACAGCUCUACCGAGGAAGCCCUCUUCAGCAGAAUUCCUUCUAACAGAAACAGGGAUCGGCGUCCGAAGAGUUGGGAGUUUUUCAUGCGGCUUCUGGCGAGCAAGCAGACGAAUCCUGCUUUGAUCCGGUGGGAGGACGAGGCCACAGGAACUUUCCGCUUAGUCCACCCGAAGACCAUCGCGAAACUGUGGGGGACUGGCUUCUCCGGGAAACCUAACUUGUCUUACAACAACUUCGCUCGUGACCUAAGGCACUAUUACAAAUCAGGCGAGAUUCAACCUGUGCGCGAGAAACAGCUGGUAUACAAAUGUGGACCUGAAGCCCUUGCUUAUCUCGAAGGCCUGCAGACGACUUAGGUUUUUCACGUAUUCUUGCUACAGAAGGCAGACUGUCAACCUACUGUUGACUUGUAGUGACUCUCGUGAAACCCAUUCUAGCAGGUAAUUCCAAAGAAAUCUAUCAUCAUGACAAUAUUCCUUCACAACUAGUAUCUGGAGAACGCCAAAGAUACAUUAGAAGAUAAAUUAAUUUCUAUGCCGUCAUCAAAGUACUAGAGAACCACAUUUAAUCACGCAAACGAAAAAGGAUAGCUCUCUAUAUCAGCAGUUGCUAGUGAUAUAUGCAACUCUUCUAUAUUUAAGGGGAUUGAUCACGUUUCCAAUGAAGAUAUACACUGGAGAGUCCAGCAAAGUGGGCUGUUUCAAGUGAACGGUACUAGUAUUUAUAACACUUACGAUGUACGUAACAUGAAAUGUACAUAAUUUAUUUAUAUGUGAUAUAAUCAGGUGCAAUAUAUUUAAUUAAAUAUAGACUUCGUCCAUCAACAUCUUAAUCAACUUGAUUGGUUUCAAAUACUACAGACUUUGUAGUGAUAUUAAUUUUCAUUCUUCUACAUUUGUCGCAGUGAAUACGGUUUACACGAAUUCAUGUCACUAUCAAAGGAUUAUAAAUAAUAAAAUGAACAAUUUUA